AUGUUUGGAUAUUUUAAACGGUCACUCGAUGUUGCUAAAGAAACGGGUUCUAGAAUUUUGAAAGCUGAUCCUUUACCUUGGAAAAAAGAACAAUUAUUACUUUCGCUAAAUUCUCAAGAAGACCUCAAAAAAUGGGCGAUUGGAUGCGAUAAGGAUAUUGGUGGAUAUUCAACUGCAAAUUUGGAGCUUACACCGGAAGGCAAAGCCAAAUUUUCUGGAAAUAUUUCAUUGGAAUUACCAAAAAAUAAUCCAAGAAUAGAAAAAAGCGGAUACGCAGCUAUAAAAUCAAAGGACCGUGGAUCCACAUUAUUUGGUACACCAUGCUGGGAUACAACAUUAUAUCGAUAUUUAAGCAUACGCGCAAAAGGUGAUAAUAAAAAGUAUCUUGUAAAUAUACAAACGGAUGGACCAGUUAUAAGUGAUUUAUUCCAACAUCGAUUAUUUUUGAGAAAGCCUGGAGAAUGGGAAACAGUUAUGAUUCCGUUCACGGAUUUUAUUUUAACAAAUCAUGGAGCUAUACAAGAGCCACAAAUUGAAAUGUAUAGAGAAAGGGUUAGAACCAUUGGGAUUUCAUUGUUAAUGCAGCCAGGACCUUUUUGUCUGGAACUUGACUGGGUUAAAAUGAUAAAUACUGAUGAAACUAUUGGGGAUUAUGAUAGGAUAUAUUUAGGUAGAUAG